AGAAUCGCCUGACAGUGAACCCGGGGGGCGUAAUGGUCAUUUAGUGACUGGAGUUGCUGCCUCCCACUGCCCCUCUCUGCAGUGUGUGUGUGUGUGUGAUGCUCCCCCUUUUAUCACACUCUGGUACAAAAUUAUUCUCACUUCCUCCUCACCUUCCGCUUGCUAUUCUGUCUGCCGAGCCAAAGAUGCAUUCAAAGAAACGUGGAUAAUGGUGGAAAUGACACUUCAUUCUUUCUCUGAGGUCACCUCACCGGACUUCUCAUAGUACAUCAAUCAGUCCCAUUUUUCCAAAUCCUUGGGGCAAGAGAAUCAUGGCCGCACCACAGGAAGAAGGGUGGCCUUUGGGCUUGAGGCCACUGAAUGCGAGAGUUGGGUUUGUGAGAAAUCGUGAUUUGUCUGGAUCAGUCUCCUUCAGCACUUUGCUCACCGGUUCUUCCAGCUCCUCCACCAUUUCUUCUUCAGAUCUUGAUACUGCGUCAACUGGGUCAUUCUUCCACGACAAAAGCAUCACGCUCGGCAGCCUCAUUGGGGUUUCUAGCAUUUUAGAGCUUUCACGAAGAUCAGCAAGGGGGAGAACAGCAGAAACCUCAAGAGACAGAAAGGGCUACAAGCACAAGCCUUGGUUGUUCUCACUGUGCUCAAAGCUGACGACUGAUGCUGUGAACGGGAGCAAUACUCCGUCUCUCCGUCACUUUCUUGAAGCAGAGAGGAGAACUGCGAGCAUGUACAGAAGGAAUCAGAUCCCGGCCACCAUUUAUGGACCGACUGAUUUCUCACCCACCCUGCCCGCUCCGGACACGAACUCGCUUUUUGUCGGUGGCCAAGUUGCUCCACUGGGUGAGAGUGCUGGAAGAAAAUCCAACAACCAAUUAUUAGAUGCUAAUGAGUAUGGGGUUCCAUUGCUCUUCUCAUGCUUGCGUGGAUCCCUCAUUAAAUGAUGCUUUCAUUCUUUUUAUGGGAGUUUCUUGGGAAGCAGGCAAGAUUCAGAAUGCAUUUGUUUCAAGGAGGGUUUUGUGUACCUGUACUCAGGGGAUGAGUAUCAAGGCAUGUGGCAUAUAGUCUUUUGAGCUACAAGUAUAAUUAUUAGGAUUAGAAAUCACUUUCUUCAUAAGAUUGUGUCUUUCAAAAUAUUCCUCUUUUUUUUCUUUUUCUUUUUUCUUUUUGCC